UCUGUUGAGACAAUCGCUGAGUCUUCCAACUCGGUAAUACAGUCCUCCUGUUGCACAGCAGUUAACUAAUUUUUGCACUUGAAGGACAAUUAGGCAUGUUGAAUGUUACUUAAGAAUUGGAAAAUCGUUUUUAUUCUACACAACAGCCAAGACGGUGGCACCUGUAGCUGACGACUCCGUUUAGGAAAGUAUUUUUCGCUUGGAUUCCAGCUGCAAGUCAAAUCCACCAGGUCAGAGUAAUGUCAUCGGAACCAGUUCACCGGAUCCUACGACCGCUUCUUCUGGGCACCGUCAUCCUAGGAUGCUUCGUGACUCUCUUUUUGAUGUACUUUAAGCCAUCCACCGGCUGGCUGUCAGGUCCUGUGGAGUCCACUGCGUCCAGCGAGCGCGUCAAGGGCGUCUUCUACGCCAAGAGCGACCGCAACGUGACCACGGUGCUCGUCUGGCUCUGGCCCUUCGGACAGACGUACGACCUCAACGUGUGCGGCUCGCUGUUCAACAUCGACGGCUGUUUCGUCACGGCCGACCGUAACCUCUACAACAAGUCGGACGGCGUCCUCAUCCACCAUCGUGACAUCUCUUCCGACUUGUCCAACCUGCCGCCGCUCCAGCGUCCGUCCUUCCAGAAGUGGAUCUGGAUGAACCUGGAGUCGCCGUCGCACUCUUCCCGGCUGGCUGGCAUCGAGAACAUCUUCAACCUGACGCUCAACUACCGCCGCGACGCCGACAUCGAAGUGCCUUACGGCUCCGUGGUUUCCACCGGGGGCGAGGACGACUUCGUCCCGCCCAGCAAGAACAAGCUGAUCUGCUGGAUCGUGAGCAACUGGAACCAACAGCACGUGCGUGUCAAGUACUACAACGAGCUGUACAAGCACAUCGAAGUGCACACAUAUGGCAGGGCCUUCAGAAAGUACCUCGAGAAGAAGGACUACUUCCCCACCCUGGCCAGCUGCAAGUUCUACCUGGCGUUCGAGAACUCCAUCCACAAGGACUACAUCACCGAGAAGUUCUACAACCCGCUGGCCGUGGGCACCGUACCCGUGGUGCUGGGCCCGUCGCGGCAGAACUACGAGAACUUCGUCCAGGGGGACGCCUUCGUCCACGUGGAUGACUUUGCGUCGCCUAAGGAGCUGGCCGACUACCUGCUGCUACUGGACAAGAACGAGGAGAUGUAUCUAAGAUACUUUGAGUGGCGGCGGCACUUUAAGGUGAAGAAGGCGCUGUUCUGGGCGGAGCACACGUGCCUGGCGUGCGACUACCUGCGCAGGCACAGGGAGUACAAGACGGUCAAGAACCUGGACAAGUGGUUCUGGGGCUGAGCCAGUUUGUGUCACUGAUGAAGGCUUUAUGACUUUAAUUCAUCAGACUCGCCAAAAUCCUUCCCCGGAGCUUGCACAUUUGGUUUUUGCAUUGAUUCAGUGACCAAUUUGUUUUUAACCUGUGCCAAUUUUUGAUAAGCCUUAUUUUUACAUUUCUCCUGUCCCCCGCAAAGCGACGCCUAUGAACACAUUCGACAGCGUUUCUUAUCAGCGAUCAGCGAUCCUUCCACUUUUUGGAUUUUGCAAGACAUCUAAUUCAGAAUACACAAUUAUUAUAUCUAAUGUAGAAUUCCGGGGGG